UUUGAAACUCCGGAGGUCAUUGAAAAUGAACGACGUGGUUGCCGCCAAGCUGAAGGAAGUGACCAAGAUAGUGCAGAUGACACCAGACCUGCCCGUGCCCCCCAUCCCCGAGCCCCCGAGGCGGACGAGCAAGGCAAGUAGCAACGUGCGCACAAAGAUGGCUGCCAUUCAAACUUACAUGAAUGCCCUUGAAUACAACUACACUGGCAAGAUGUACUUUGACGUGAGCAAGAACCGAAGCCACAAGAGCAUCUACGGCACCGCGAAAGACAUCAUCCACGACGCCCUGCCGAUUCAGUGCCUCGAAGCAGUGUUCCUUGCAGCGUAUUUGACCGCAGGAGGGCCCGAGUACGAAGGCGCGACGUUCAAUCACCAGAUCGAUCGGAUCCCCAUCAGUUUCAAGACGUCAUCUGGUGGUACCACCUUCCGCCACAUCGUCCUUGCCAUCAAGCACCAGCAUCUGUGGGGGGCCCUUGGGCUGAGCCGUAGCCCCGGACUCAUGAACAAGGAGCUCAAAUUCAAAAGCCUCAGCGACCUCGUUGGCAACUUUGUGGAGCAAUACACGGCCGUGUGUCAUGACGUGAUCAAGGUGUACGUGGGCUUUCCAUUUAGCCAUGACAUUCACUCGACGGAGCGGGUCGAAUGGAGGGUGCUUAACAUCAAGCUGAGCAUCCAUCCCUGGGACAACGUGGCUGCCCAGCUCGAUCUGUUCACACGAGAGUACUCGGAGCUCAUGAGCCAUCUCCACCGCGUGGGCGACCUGCCCGACUCCUUUGCCGACAAGUUCCCGCUGCACAAGCCGCCCAAACGGUCCACGUUGUCGUCGCCAUCUCGACGCCAUCCGCGCGCGCCCGUCGAAUGCGAUGGCUUUGCCAUGGGCGGUGGCGGUGGCGGCGGCGAUGUGGAGGAGGAUGUUCCGACGACCAAACUGCCCGACUUGCUGCUGCGGGUGACGCCGGAAGUGCUGCACUUCAAGCCCAGCACUGCCGCCGCCGAUGAUGACACCAACAAUCGACCGCCCGACUUGGUCGAAUUUGGCUCGGUGAACCUGUACUUGAACAACCUGUCGCGUGUGCAUCACCUCGUGGUGUACGUCGUCGUGUCGGACAUGUACUUGCAGAUUUUGGGCAAACCAUUCGUGUUGAUUCCAAGCGAAGGUCGCAAGGGCUGCCAGUUCAGCCUCAAACCCGUACGAACAUGCAAGCGUGUUUCAUGGAUGGACGAAUGAUAUGGAUGAAUUGUGUGGUUGGUGGUGUAGGGCUCGGUCACGUCCACUGCGAUUCGACUGGUGCUGCCCGCCAACGUCGCGCAAGAAACGAGUGGUCGAACGGCGUCGUUCCAAGUGCAGUAUGCAGUUGUCCAAUCUGGCAGUGAUACUCCGGUGGCUGUGGCCGACUCUACCCUGCUGGACCGAGCUACGCUGACGAUUCCAUAUGAUUGGACGACCAUCCAUUAAACUGACCAGACAAUCGACGCUGCCCCUUAACACGCGAGAGAUCUUUUGUACGAUUAGCCUAAUUAUAGAAUUCAUAUUCAAGUUCCCAUA